CUUCUCAGAAAUGUGUGACCACAAUUUUCUUAGCUCUGGCUAUGUUAGUCCUGUGUUGAAUUAUCCAAAUGCGGACUCGUUGCCUUUCUCUAACUGGCCCAAUGGCGCCCAUCCGUCCGGACUCGCGCAGCUCUACGGCAGGAGAGAGGUGUGUUCAUUCCCGUGGACUUCCCCAAGUACGUGCACAAACCCGCCACAGAGCUUCGCAUUUAGUGGCUAUUCUCAGCCGUUUAUUACUAACUCAGUGGCUGUGAAUGGUCAUAGCAAAGGAGACUCCUGUAAAUACUACGUCCAAGAUACAAACCCUAAAGCAGAGUUGCCGGACAAACAUUUGACAGCGUUUACUGGUGAACAUGGAAUAACAGCAACUGCCAGCUUUAGCAAAUGUGACCUUUCAGACAUGGACAAACGGUUGCAAAACACGGUGGCACAGCCUGGGGUGAAUUCCAACAGCCAUGCGAUAAUCGAUGGCACUGAACAGCUUGCACACUCUACUGUCCAUGCACACCACACAUCGAGUUCUCAGAACACCAGUGCAGCAUUAACGGACGGAUUCCCUUGGUGUCCUUCACAUGUGAGAGCCAGGAAAAAGAGGAAACCUUACACGAAGCCACAGCUGGCUGAACUUGAGAAUGAAUUUAUGAUCAACGAAUUCAUAAACCGACAGAAACGGAAAGAGCUGUCUGACAGAUUGGACUUGAGUGAUCAACAAGUAAAAAUCUGGUUUCAAAACCGGAGAAUGAAAAAGAAACGCUUAUUAAUGCGUGAGCACGCUUUAUUUGUGCACUGAAAAAAAAAAAUCAGUGUUCCUCUUAUUUCGGUGACCACAUGGUACAUUUUGCUCCUUACCUUGGCAAUGACUUGCCGAGUGAUUUACAAAGUAGAAUUCACCGUGUUUAUCAUGAAAUGUAAAGAUAUGAAGAGAUCGACAGAAUUUAUAAAUAUUUAUUUACGGCAGAUACUGGUCUAACUGAUCACGAGAACAAAUGUAAAGUUAGUCCCUAUGAUAAUAACACUUUUUUGGAUAAAUCAUUACGAUUACGUCAAUAGAUUUUACAGAACGCCACUCUUGUAAAGAAAAAUAAAAUGCAACAUUACUUGUAAUGUCUACUAAUACUUUAUGUCUAUGUUCUUGAUUUAUCCAAAGACUCUACUUGUUUAAAUUUUAACGUCAGCUGUCUCAUUGAAUUGUUGCAUUG